ACCUGAGGUGGCUGUGGCGCCUCCGACUCCUGGGCUGAGGAGAGGCGUGGGGAUCUUGGCGAGCAGAGUCAGGGUGCGCCGGGCGGGAUAGGCCGGGCGUCCAGGUAAUAAUUUCAAGAUGCCAGGACGUUCCAGUACAAAUUCAGGUUCAACUGGUUUCAUAUCGUUCAGUGGUGUAGAGUCUGCUCUGUCCUCCUUAAAAAACUUCCAGUCCUGUAUCGACUCUGGAAUGGACACAGUUUCUAGUGUGGCCUUUGAUCUUGUGGAGACUCAGAAUGUGUAUUUUCAUAAAUUUGCACUGCAUGGAGGAGCAAAUGUGAGAAGAUAUGCUCUAUCAGACAGAACAGCUGAAGUGAGUAGUGAAUAUAGUAUGGACAAGGCGAUGGUUGAAUUUGUCAUAAUGAAUCGGGAACUAAACCAUUAUGUUAUGGCUGUUCAGUCUGCAAUAAAUCAUGUAAAAGAAGAACGGCCAGAAAAAAUACCCGAUUUAAAAUUAUUAGUGGAGGAGAAAUUUUUGGCUUUGCAGAGUAAGAAUUCUGAUGCAGACUUUCAAAAUAAUGAAAAAUUUGUGCAAUUUAAACAACAACUGAAAGAACUACAGAAGCAAUAUGGUCUACAGGCAGAGAGAGAGGCUGACGGCACUGAAGGAGUUGAUGAAGAUAUGAUUGUGACUCAGAGUCAGACCAACUUCAUCUGCCCCAUUACACAGUUGGAAAUGAAGAAGCCAGUGAAAAAUAAAGUGUGUGGCCACACCUACGAAGAGGAAGCCAUUGUUCGCAUGAUUGAGUCCAAGCACAAGCGGAAGAAAAAGGCCUGUUGCCCUAAAAUUGGCUGUAGCCACACAGAUAUGAGGAUGUCUGACCUCGUCCAGGACGAAGCACUGAGGAGAGCCAUCGAGAACCACAACAAGAGGAAGUACCGUCAUUCGGAGUAGGGCCCAGCCACCGCCCUCCCGGGAAGCCAGCAGCCUACCUCCUACCCCAGCCUGCCCUGGAGAGCAGUGCUUAGUACCAAGUGGACCUGCCGGGCUGCCCUGCAUACUUUGGGGUAAAGUCUAAUGAUUUUAAAUGUUAAAAAAGCAGUUUUUCAAGCUACAUAAUAACAAUGCAAGCAUCUUAUAUUGUUUAUACUUCAGUGCUUUAUCAUUUUAAAUAAAAUUUUGACUAUCUGCAGCA